AUGGCUACCAAAGUUGUAGUGGGGAUUUUGCUGUGUUUGCUUGCAUUUAAGUCUCUAGUGAGCGGUGUUCAGGCGCCGGAGAGGCACCGGUUCAGGGAAGAAGCUCAGCAAUGCAGGCUGGAGAGGAUUCAGGCGAGGCUACCGUCGCGUUGGAUUGAGUCGGAGGGAGGCAUCACUCAAGUUUGGAAUGAAGCUAAUGAAGAGUUUCAGUGUGCUGGAGUUGCUGCCUUUAGAAACAUCAUAAGGCCCAACUCUCUCUCUUUGCCUAAGUACCACAGCGCCCCAAUGCUUGUGUACAUUGAGCAAGGUGAAGGGUUCUUGGGCCUGGACUUCCCAGGGUGCACAGAGACGUACGAGGCACAAUCAGGGCCAUUUUCAAGGUCUUCAAGGCGAAUCCGGGGAGACAAAGAGGAAGAUAAACACCAAAAGGUGCGCAAGGUGUGUCGAGGUGACAUGAUCGUCAUCCCGGCUGGGACUGUCCAAUGGUGCCACAACGACGGUGGCCAAGACCUCGUAGUCGUUGCCUUCAUGGAUCUCAACAACGACGACAACCAACUCGACCUUCGUGUUAGGUCCUCCUACUUGGCUAGUGGAGUUCCAAGAGAAGCAAGAAGGAGAGCAAAAGCAGAUGAUCUUGUGAACAUCUUCAGUGGGUUCAACCCGGAGUUUCUUGCGGAGGCUUACAACAUUCCAUUAGACUUGGUAAAGAAAAUGCAAGAAGAAAGGGGCGAUGGAUUGAUUGUGAAGUGCGACGAAGAAAUGUCGUUUAUGACGCCAGAGGAAGAGGAGGAAGAAUUGAGCGAGUCGCCAUUCUCGAGAAGGGAAGAGGAUUCAAAUGGGUUGGAAGAAACCAUCUGCACUGCUAGAGUUCAACACAACAUGAACACACAAAAAGAAGCUGAUGUAUACUCUAGAGAGGCUGGAAGAGUUAACAUUUUGAACCAACUCAAGCUUCCUAUUCUAAGAUUCAUGGGAAUGAGUGCUGAGAAAGGUCAUCUUUUCGCGAAUGCUGAAUACAACCUUCACUGGUCAAUGACAGACCACAGAUUGGCAUAUGUGAUUGAUGGAGAGGCAGAAAUUGAAAUAGCUGAUGACUAUGGAAACCAAGUGUUUAAGGAGAGAGUUUCAAGAGGAAACAUGUUUGUGAUUCCUCAAUUUUACCCUUCUUUUGCUAGAGCUGGCCAACAAGGCUUUGAAUGGAUUACUUUCAAGACCUCAAAUCAGCCAAUGAAGAGCCCCGUGGUUGGCUACACAUCCUUAUUCAGAGCCUUACCACUUCAACUCUUAGAACAAGCAUUCCAAAUCACAACAGCUGAGGCUCAGCAACUAAAGCAAACAAGAAAUCAACACACUUUCCUUUUUCCUCCCUCAACCAGCACUAGGGAGGUCCUCUUAGAGAAAGAAUAAAGAAAAGAAAACCCAUUUUUUCCACUGAUAGGG